UAGAAGAGGCGCUUAGACAAAAAAGAAAACUGCUAACAUGAGUGUCUCGGGACUGUCCAUCAGGCCCAAAUGAAAAAAAAAUGAAUUUGUUAGCAACUCGCGACCUUGCUGUUCAUACACGGAGACUGCGGGUCUGUACAGCACUGCACCAGCUACUCAACGAGGCAGCGACCAGCCAGCCAACGAGAAGACGACUCUGCUGGCCGCCUACAGACUAACGGCUACCGAGCGCUGCCGGCUGCUCCAGCCCAUAGAUCCGACGCACGCCCAGCCUGAUUGCAGGUCAGCCGCCGCCGCCACCCGCCCGUCUGCUGCACUGCCGCACCUACACGUCGUAUAAAUCCCCCAAUUUCCGUCACUAUUCAACAAGUGUUUUGCUAUUGAAGCACGUCCUCAGAUUAUAUAUACUUCGUUAGCUCAAAGUUGGUUGUAGAUACGACUUACCCCAUAAUCUGUAGAGAAGAAGCUUCACAACUGUCUCUACACGGAGUUUUCAAUCCAUGGAGGUUUUGACUGACUUAUAAUAACAUGUAAUGGACUAAUGGCUAUGUCUGGCUCAAUGUCUCGAAUCAGGAGAUUUUUUAUUCUUUUUCCUGUCAAGCCAUUUUAUCCCUCAUCUCCUAUCCCCUGGUCAAGUUCAAGAUACUCAAAGCCAAUUGCAGAUCUGUCAUCAACGUCGGGAUAUAGAAAUCCAUUUAUUCCUCUAAAUAUUUGGUGGGGGCAAAGAAACUUUAGUCAUGGAACUGUGAAUUUUGUGAUAUCUUCGGAUGGGAAACCGAGAUUUGAAACUUUAGAAACAGACCCCCCUAAGAAGGAAAAAUGGGUUACAAAGAAACGGCUGAAAGAGAAGAGGAAGAGAGAGAAAAAGAAGAGGAAAGCGGCAAAUAAGAGGGAUCCCCGAAGGCUGGGAGUCAAGGGAAAGAAGAAGAAGCAGAAGUUUGCUACCGCUGAAGAAAGAAUUAAGAACAAGAUUGAAAAUGCAAAGGUUAAAGAAGCAAUGCUAGUUGAGAGAUUAAAGCGUUAUGAGGUUUCCAAAGUUCAAGGUCCUGAAGUCAUGCCACACAACCUCACUGGGGAAGAAAGAUUUUAUAUAAAAAGAAUGGCCCAAAAAAAGUCAAAUUAUGUCCCGAUUGGUAGAAGAGGUGUGUUUGGAGGUGUUAUUCUUAAUAUGCAUCUCCAUUGGAAAAAACAUGAAACUGUUAAGGUCUAUUGCAAGCCUUGUAAACCUGGUCAAAUAAAAGAGUAUGCUGAUGAGAUUGCCAGAUUGAGUGGUGGGAUCCCGAUUCAGAUAAUUGGUGAUGAUACCAUAGUUUUCUAUAGAGGUAAAGAUUAUGUGCAACCAGAAGUGAUGUCACCAAUUGAUACACUGUCCAAGAAGAAGGCAUUGGAAAAAUCCAAGUAUGAGCAAUCACUUGAGUCUGUAAGGCGCUUUAUUGCCAUUGCUGAGAAGGAACUUGAACUCUAUUACAGACAUGUAGCUCUUUAUGGUGAUCCCAGUGACCGUAACCCUCAUUCCAUCCUUAAUAGCUCUACAAGAAAAGAAGGGGGAGAGAAGCUCAAGGAGAUAAAGGAGGAUUCUUUAAUGGCAAAAGAAGAUUUUUAUGAAUCCGAAGUAGAAGCAGAUUGCUCUGGUCGGGAGUUAUCAGAAUACGAAGAUGGAUCAGAGACAGAAACAGAUAAUUCUAACCAAGAGCUGUCAGAUUACGAUGAUUGUUCAGACGAAGAUCAGUUGGCAAGUGAAGCAGAAUCUGUGGGUGAAGAGAGAAUAUACAAAGGAGAUGCGAAGUUCACAGGACGUACUGUAAGGUCUUGUUUAUGAACCAUAAUUAAGAACUAAGAUGGCUAUCCUGUAAGUUCUUUUCAUGAUCAAUGAUCAUCUUUUGUACCAUUAAUGCACGCAACUUCAAAAGCUUUCAGAGUAUCAGGACCAAGUGCUUUAGUACCUUAAACACGUUGUUUUUCCAUGGGGGAGGGGUGCAUGAAUUUUUUUCUAAUCAUCCUGGUGUAUUUUGAACAGCUAUAUUUUUUGCAAGAAUAGUACUCAGUGACUGAGUUGCAAACAUGCAUGAAUAUUCUAAAGUCAAAUAGUUUGCUGCUUUCAUCUAGAUCAUGAAUGUAGUAUAUGGCCAAACCUUAACACGGAUAGAGAGAAAGAUGAUGAAUUAUAACAGGUACUUAUGAGAGAUCUAUAUGUCGAGUUGUUCUCCUGGUGCAGAAACUAUCUUGUGCCGUGCUUCUAGGACAUACUGUCAUUAUGAUUAGACCAUAAUGUCUCACUGAUUUCAUCUCUAUCCACCUAUGCUGUUACGUACUGAACCAUUAUGAUAUGGGUGUAUUUGGAACAGCUAUAAUUUUUGGCAAGAAUAUUACUCCCUCCGUCCUAGGGAGAAGUUCCCGGGUUGACUUUCACACACAUUAAGGAAAUAAAGUUACUGGGGGGUAAAUUUUACUGUUUGGCACUGUUUCGACACUGUUUGGCACUGUUUCAACACUAUUUUGCACUGUUUUGCACUGUUUGACACUGUUUUGAUGUAGAAUAACUUUCCAUUUAGGGAAAUGGGAACUUCUUGUUGGGACUGCCAAAAAAGGAAAUUGGGAACUUCUCCCUGGGACGGAGGUAGUAUUCAGUGACUGAGUUGCAACAUGCAUGAAUAUUCUAAAGACGAAUAGUUUGCUGAUUUCAUCUGGAUCAUGAAUGUAGUAUAUGGCCAAACCUUAACAAGGAUAGAGAGAAAGAUGAUGAAUUAUAACAGUAUCCACCUAUGCUGUUAUGUGCUGAAACAUUAUGAUCCUAAAUGGGAAUUUGAGAAGGGACUCAAACAAACAUGUAUGGCUAUGCAUGAAAUAGUCGCUGGAUUGGAAAUCGGUUGAGAUCCCUUACCUCGCUAUCUUUUGAAAUCAAAAUUCUCUUAGUAGCUUUUGUGCUGAAUUUUCUACUUGUCUCUUACUUUUAUGUAACAUAUACAGUCUCCUAAACUAUCACUUGCUCAGUUCCUCUGCCCCAAAACAAGAGUUUUCGUGCAUGUUUUUGGUUUACUGAAUUUAUCAUGAAAACUUGUUAGUAACCUUUUCGGGGAAAUGUAAACGAAAAUAAACUCGUUUUUAGAAAAUGGUCUAGUUUUUGUGACCAAAACUAACUUUUGAAAAAGAUCUCUUUCUUUUCGUACGGAGGGAGUCCAAUAGCUAAGAAUAUGAAUCUAGCAGUAUCUAUACCAUUGAAUACCUUUGACUAAUAAAACACGAUCUUAGUUAUCUAACUCAAUAACUAAAUAAUAACUAGACUUCAGUCUUCCAAUGUUUCUGCUCUGAUAGCCGUACUCUCCAUUAGUGGUAAAGUCAGUGCAGACACCUAUAGGUGUCCACUAGGAAAUCAAAUCACUAAUAGUUCUGCUUGGGGGACUCAAUGAUCGGGUAGUGUUCCUAUAGGGGUGAAUUGCCAGUGGUUCUUCCGUAGGUGGGAAAGUGCUCUGCUUGGGCCCCAGUAGGGGUAGAUUAUCUACUAAUUUCCUUUUUUGGUUAUUUCUCCAGGUGCUUAUUGUUUUUUCCUUUUCUUGUGAAAGUUUUCAUAUUAUGUUUCCUGAAUACACAAAGUAUGAUCUAGUAUAUGCUUAUGGCUUACGUAUUUCUUUUCGAUUCGUGGUAUAAAAGAGCUUGCCCAUAACAGAUUAACAGUCUAGUUUUUAAAUAUUUGAUUACCUUUAAACAACCUAAUUGCACCACUUUGCUACAAGCAAACUUGAGAUGGCAUUAAACUUUGGAAGAAGAUACAAGAACUGAAUUGGCACUCCUUGUCAUAGUUUUGCUUUCUCGGAAUAACCAUUCUUGGGAAUGAAAGGACAAGUACGUUAAAGAAGCUACCAAGCUGCUACUCUUAACACCUAAGGUCCCAUUUUGUCAUUUGGACGAAAUAUUAGGAGCCAAAAGCUUUAGAGGGUUAGGCUUUAUUUUGAUGUAUUGAAUAUCUCAAAAUAUGAAUAAAAAAGGUAUUGAAAUGUUAUACAAUCACAUAUUUAAAAAAAAUCAAAUGUAUGUCAAAAAAUAGACUAAGCCCUCUAAAGCCUUCACUUCAAAUAUCUCCAUCCAAACCAACCUUGAAAGUUUAGAGAAUCACUCAAAUAAAGACCAUUACCUCAUGUCGUUGUGAUAAUAUUAAAUUGUAAUAAGUGUUUGAGGAAAUCAGCAACAUUCCUUUAUUUAAACAUUCCCUUUUUUCCCUUAAAAAACAUAAAUUUAUACAUUUUUUUCCUGUUAUCAUAGUAUGUGAAAAUAUAGAUAUGGCAUUUCAUAUUCAUCGUACACUUGCAACGUACCAUGAGUAUGGAAGUUUAAUUUUUAUCAUUUUUUUUGCUAGGAUGCAUAUGGCUUGUAAUUUGAACCAGAUGGUGAACCCGCUUGAUCCAUAGCAGUAGUCUGAUGAUGUUUUUCUACACCUUUCAUGAUCGAACUGUGACCAACUUUUUCAUGCUUUCUGAUUUCUUCAUCAAUAUGCAGAUCUUCAUCAAUGGUCAGAAAAGUAGUUUGUGUGCCAUGUGGACCUGGGAUAAUCGCUUCAUGAACUUUUAUAUGCUCAUCCAGCUUUACAACAUCUCUUUCUUUAAACAUUCUUUUCUUUCUCUUUUUGAUAAAGCAACAUAGUGCCACAGAGAGAAAUGCAAGAAAGAACAGACCACCAAGUGAGACAAAUAUAAUGAUGACAUGGGAAUGAUGUCCAGGUGGCGGUGGAGGAAUAUAUGGGUGUGGUGGGGGCUUAACGGCUGGUGGCGGUGGAGGAAUAUAUGGGUGUGGUGGGGGCUUAACGGCUGGUGGCAGUGGAGGAAUAUAUGGGUGUGGUGGGGGCUUAACGGCUGGUGGCGGAGGUGGCAGAGUAUGUGGUGGAGGUGGCGGCUUGACAACAGGUGAUGGAGGUGGAAUUAAAGGACUUGGUUGCCUUGGUGCCGGAGGUGGUGGUGGUUUAGGGUGAGGUGGUGCUACCUUUCGUGGAGGUGGGGGAGGUUUGAUGGGUGGGCUUGGCGGUCCCAUUCUUGGAGGAGGGGUGUUAGGCUGAUGUGGUGGUGCCACUUUUGGUGAGAAUGGUGGGACUUGUGGUGGAGAUUGAAAUCCAUAAGGGGUUCCUGGAGGGUAAAAUGGGAAGAACUUGAUAUUUUGGAUACCAGCCAUUUCUUGUGUAAUUAGUUAAACUAGUUAGAAUAUCCCCUUACUGUGUGCUCAUCUCUAUUGUCUGAGUGAGUUUUUAUAUUGGUGGUUUUUGAGUUAUACUUUUAAGUUUCCUAUUACUUGACUGUUAUGUAAAGGCUUUUCUUCGAUGGGGCUGUCUUUGAUUGCACUGAAAUUCACUCUUUUUAAUUGCUCCCAAUUGAAAUUCGAUAUUUUAGAAACCCAUUGCUUUUAAAGCAAGUAAGUUUGAUAUUCA